AUGAAAAUACUCCAGUUCGCGCUGGCCUUAUUCAACUGCAGCUACGGGCAACGAGAGUCACACAGACUACAGAGAUUCUUUUCGCCAGUCAUUGCUCCUAGAAAAAGACAAGCUCUAGGCCUGCAUGAUGAAAAACAUGGAAGAGUAUACACUGGCAAAAUUUCUGCUCACGACAAACACGACAAAAUUCUCCAGCUCUCUGACAUUAUGUAG